AUGGCUCAGCUUGGGGGCAGCCUAAGAUUCUGCCUUCUCCUCCAAAUCAUCUGCCUCUCCUUGGCGCAGCCUCAAGGCCCGCCAGGCGAGCCUGGACCACGGGGCCCCCCAGGUCCACCAGGACUGCCAGGAGCUGAUGGCAUUGAUGGUGACAAAGGCCCACCAGGAGCAGCAGGAAGCCCCGGAGCCAAGGGUGAACCUGGCCUUCCAGGUCCAGAUGGCCCCGCGGGUAAACCUGGGAUCGACGGCCUCACGGGAACAAAGGGAGAGCCGGGCCCUGCCGGGAGACCAGGCCCCAAAGGGCAACCUGGACCCGUAGGACCCCCAGGGCUCCCAGGCCCCAGCCUGGCAGGACCUCCUGGCUCACCAGGUCAGGUUGGACUCCCCGGAGAAAUCGGAGCUCAGGGACCAAAGGGUGAACGUGGACCAGAUGGACCGCAAGGACCCCCGGGGCCUCCUGGGAAGCCUGGUCCCGUUGCUCGCAUCCACGGAGUUGAAGGUAGCGCGGAUUUAUUGUGUCCAACCAACUGCCCACCUGGACCCAAAGGCCCACAGGGACUGCAGGGCUUGAAGGGCCACAGAGGCCGCCCAGGAGCCCUGGGGGAGCCUGGUCAACAAGGAAGGCCGGGCCCAAAGGGUGAAAUAGGCUUAUCUGGAGAACAAGGCAUUCCCGGCCCUCCCGGCCCGCAGGGUCCGAGGGGAUAUCCUGGAAUGGAAGGGCCUAAAGGAGAGACGGGCCCCCGUGGCUACAAAGGCAUGCUGGGAACCAUUGGAGAGGCAGGGCCCCCGGGCGAAGAAGGCCCUAGGGGUCCACCAGGACAGGCUGGCGAGAAGGGAGACCUCGGUGCUCGUGGUUUCCAGGGCCCUCAGGGAGAGAUGGGACCGAAGGGGACACGGGGUCUUCCUGGAAUUGAUGGUAAAGAUGGCACACCUGGAAUUCCUGGGGUGAAGGGAAGUGCAGGCCAACCAGGACUUCCAGGGCCACCGGGCCACCGAGGAUUAGCGGGCUUGCCAGGCACACCUGGAUCUAAAGGUGGCCCCGGAGACAAGGGUGAACCAGGGGAGCGCGGCUUGCCAGGUUUAUCUGGGUCACCGGGGAAAAUUGGAGAGCCGGGACCUCAAGGAGAAGAAGGGCCACCAGGGGUUGCUGGUAUGAAAGGAGAUCGGGGCGAGAGAGGAGCGGUGGGUCCUCCAGGGCUGCAGGGGAAAGCGGGACCUAAAGGAGAACAAGGCUCCCCAGGAAUUCCGGGGCCACAGGGUCUCCCAGGUGUAAAAGGCGGCAAGGGCAUCCCAGGCAAACAUGGACCCAAAGGUGAUGUUGGAGAUCCUGGUGUUGAAGGCCUUCCUGGGCAGAAAGGAGAAAAGGGUGAAUCGGGUGAGCCAGGACCAAAGGGACAGCAAGGUGUCCGCGGGGAGCCUGGUUAUUCUGGACCCUCUGGAGAUGCAGGAGCUCCCGGGGUGCAAGGUUUCCCAGGACCUCCUGGCCCUCGAGGGCUUGGUGGCCUACGUGGCGUGCCCGGAAUGCCUGGACUGCAGGGGGCCCCGGGCAGGGAUGCCGGAGAGCAGCACAUUGUUGAUGUGGUCUUGAAAAUGCUGCAAGAACAACUUGCCGAGUUAGCAGUGAGUGCUAAAAGAGCUACCCUGGGUGGAGCAGGGAUGGUGGGCCCCCCUGGUCCCCCAGGCCCCCCAGGCCCUCCUGGUCAGCAAGGACCGCACGGCCCCCCUGGUGCUCGUGGUAUCCCAGGAAUCAUCGGAGCUGUGGGGCAGAUCGGCAACACGGGGCCAAAAGGGAAGAGAGGUGAGAAAGGAGAGCAAGGAGAACCGGGUCGAGGACAUCAAGGGAUGCCGGGACCCCCUGGCAUACCGGGUCUUCCUGGUCACCCUGGCCAUGCUGUCAAUGGCAAAAACGGAGAACGAGGCACCCCAGGUGCCCCCGGGGAAGCUGGGCGCCCUGGCCUCCCUGGGCCCGCCGGCCUCCCUGGGUUCUGUGAAGCGGCCGCCUGCCUAGGAGCCUCAGCGUACGCCUCGGCCCCCGGGGCCGUCAAGGGACCGUCGUUCUAAGCAUCACCAGGGAAAGUUUUGCUGCACGCUUGACAUUGUCGAGUUGGCGAAAGCUCCAGCACUGGCAUCAAGGGACCAUCACACCCAGUCUGGGGCUCCCAGAGGGACUGGGAGCCACCGACUGAAAAACUCUUUUUGAGACAAGAAACCUCGGCCUAUUAGUUGGGCCUCCAUCCAUCCACGGUGUGCAGGUGAGAAGACGACACUUGGCCACUGUGAGUAGCUUACCUCCAGGUGAAUUAAAAAGCAACACGAGAUAUUCACAUUGAUGCAAAACUCAUCAAUAAUUUGGACUGGAUUCUGCAGGCUCGCUUGGAGACGGCUGUUCUUCCAAACAUUUACGGGGAAGCGAAUUGCUGACCCCAUUUCACUACCAUGAAAAUAGGUACGUGUUUUGCCAGCACUUCUUGGGGGUGGAGGGGCAAAGGAGAAGAGAAUCAUGCCAUAUAGCCUGGGUCCAAAUCACAAUAUUAUUUUUGGUGCAUGUGGUACCUUCUUCGUCUGCCAUCAGAUCAGGGUGUUUUGAAGCAGUGUCAUGUCAGGAAA